CUCCAGAUAGAAUACUGUUUGAGGCAGAAUAACAACUGUAGCUACGAGGUUCUUCUAGGAAUUAAAGAGCAAUGUAUCUCAGUAGUAGAGAGCGGGGAUGUACUUUCUUCUCAAUAUGCAUAUAAACUGAAGGAAGGGCUGCUCUUAUACAUCUCUCCUGUCCUCCUGGUGUUUGGAGUUAUUGGUAAUCUACUCUCCUUUGCUGUGCUUAAUCAACAGUCAAAGAAAAUGUCAACAUAUUCCUAUCUUAGUGCGUUAGCUAUCAUGGAUAUAUCUGUACUGUUAGUUGGAUUAUUACGUUUAUGGAUUGCCGAGAUAACCGGAAGUGACGUACAAGAUGUUUCGGAUGUAACUUGUAAGCUUGUUUCGUUUCUGGGCUACGUUUGUAGUGAUUCUUCAGUAUGGUUGAUAAUAACAGUGACAACCGAGCGCUAUAUAGCAGUUUGUUACCCUUUGAAAACGCAGGUAUUCUGUAAAAUUGAAAGAGCCUGGAAAAUCUCCCUUUUGCCUAUUGUAGUGAUUUGUGCCAUUAACUCCCAUUUCUUUUUCACUGUGUCUAUUCAACAAAAGCUGGGUAAAGCAGAAUGUGCGGCAGGGCCGUCAUUUGAACUUCUUGUUAACAAUAUUUGGCCUUGGGUUGAUGCCGUCAUUUAUUCUUUCCUCCCCUUUCUAAUUAUAGGAAUUCUUAACGGCUUUAUAAUCCGGAAAAUAUCAAAAGCCGAGAAAGAACGAAAACGAUUUCUUCAGGUCAAACAACAUAGUGCGCGUGUGAUAAGACGCUACAAAUCUUCUGAUUAUAAUAAAAAGUUGACGACCAUGCUGCUUUCAGUUUCCUUUACAUUUCUUGUGACAACAAUUCCCAUGAACAUUGUUUUGAUUUUCACGGCAUUUUGGAAUAAGCAGACGGAUAAUGACGUUAAAGGAGCGGCCAUUUUUCAUCUCAUCAAAACUAUCAGCGAACUGCUUAUGUAUGUUAACCAUUCUAUUAACUUUUUCCUUUACUGUGCCACAGGACAAAAAUUCAGGAAAUCGCUAUUGAAAUUAUUUUGCAGAAAGCGUUAUGGCAACUUCGGUAACGAAAGAACAUUUUUUACAUCGGUUGGACAAGCACAUAGUCCAUGAUCAUAUAUAAAGAAACAAACUUUUAAUGGAGAAUAUCCAAAUUCUAUUUUCAUGUCAAGAAACUAAAAUAUAUAAGUUAAAUUUUAUAUCGUUAAAAGAAAACAGUUUUAUUUCCAUUCCCGCCCAAAUCAGUUGAUCUAUUUAAAUGUUUUUAUUUAAAUUGUUUGGUCCUCAGGUACUAAAGAGUGAACGAAAAUGCUGAAAAAAAAAUCAAAUGUCUCUGAAUUCUCAAAUUAAUGUAUAUUAAUCCACUGUAAUUCUUCUCAGUUAAUCAUUAUAUUCAAUCAUAUAUGACAAAUAUCAUAUCAUUUAUCCGAAUAAGUGAGCAAUUCUUCCAA